AUGCGUUACAUGCUGGCCUUGAUCGAGAGGAGAGGCGGAAGGGUGAGCAGGCGGAUGCGCAGGGAGGUAGAGGCGAUCUACAAUGCCGUGUAUGAAGUAGCAAUAUCUAUGGAAUUUAGUUUUUUCGAGCGCUUUUCCGAGAAGCAAGUGAGGGAAAUGGUCAAAGUGCUGCAGAUUCGCCGCAUGCGGGAGGGAGAAGUUGUGUGCCAUAAGGGAGAGGUGGGGAAUGAGUUUUUCCUCAUAUUCCAUGGCGCGGUCGAUAUAUUCCCCGUACCGGGAGAAGAACCAGUAGCAACGUAUGUUGCCGGGGAGACGUUUGGGGAGCUCGCCCUACUACAUGACGCCCCGCGGGCAGCGACUGUGGUCAAUGUGGCGUCGAAGCAGGCGCACGAGCAUGGGGCGCCGGAUGAAGUUAGAGUGCCUAUCAUCCGAGUGACCGAACCAGAAGCCACGUCCUUGCCUUUCUUCGUGGUCAUGCGAGGGAAGGUAAGAGUGUUGGGCACUAUCGCGAUCCGCGGCAAGUUGGUAACGACAUGGAGGACAGGAGGAAGAGGAGAGGAUGAUGACGAUGUUGUUGACCCCGAUGCGGUGCGAGUAUUCGAGAACAUCCCGCUAUUUGAGCUCACGCAGGGUCUCUUCUACGGCCAAGCGGAAUAUCUCUUGGGGCCUAGGGUGAGGCAGGUCCUCCCCAACGUGUCGCUCUCCAACCUGCUGGUGGAGUCGCUGGAGGAGGGCCAGACGUUAGCGAUGGGUGCCGCAGAUUUCGGCGAGUUGUGUCGAGUAGAGGUGGAGUUCGCGUAA